CAAGAAAUCGAACCACGUGUCGCGGUUCGUGGAUGCGGUUCGUGGACGCGCAGAGACCCGGAUGCUGGUUCUGGCUCGGCUGAGUGCAGAGAAGAAGGCGCGCGGAGACUGACAGCACCGGCGGGGUUCCGGUUUCACGAGCUGAAGGAUGUCUGAAGAGGGGCCACCUCAGUCCCAAACCCAGUCCACUCUGUCCCCGUCCCAGGCCAAGUCCCAGUCCCAGUCCCAGCCUGGUUCCAGUUCAUCCAGUGGGCCCACCUCAGCCAGUCAGUCGUCAAGUGGCUCGGGGACUCUGAGCAGCGUGGACACCAUCCCCGUAACGCUCGCGUCCGUCCCAGAGGAGCCCGAGCCGCAACCCUGGGGCCGCCUACUGCCCAUGGUCCCAGGCUUCAGGAGCCACGACUGCAUAGAGGACCAGUACCUGUUUGGACGGGACUCCAGGUGUAACUACGUCCUGGAGGAUCCAAAUGACCGAAAUUCCAGAAAGUUUAGAAUCUACAGCAAGAAACACUUCAGGAUCUACAGAGAGGGCUCGGAGGUCUUCGUGGAGGACCUCAGUAAUAAUGGCACUUUUCUCGAUGGGAUUCCGAUCGGGAAAGACAAGAAGCUUCCUCUGGUCAAUAACGCCGUCAUCUCUCUGGCUGAACAACGAAACCGAGUGUUUGUCUUCAUCGACCUGAUGUCGGACGAUCAGUCCAGCUUACCCAGAGACCUACAAGAGAAAUACUUACUGACCCGACGCAUUGGCAUAGGAGUGUGUGGCGAGGUCCGGCUGGCUUUCGAGCGAUCCACCUGCAGGAAGUUUGCAGUGAAAAUCAUAAACAAGAAGAACUUUCAGUCUGAAGGGACAGCGACACGAAAUGCAAAGACGGAGAUCGAGAUCCUGCAGAGGGUCGACCACCCUUGUCUCAUAAAGACGGAGGACUUCUAUCAGACGGAGGAAAGUUUCUACAUCGUGUUGGAGCUGAUGGAGGGGGGGGAGCUGUUCCACAGAGUGAAGUCGAAGCAGCAGCUCAACGAAUCUGUUGCCAAACUUUAUUUUUACCAGAUGCUUCGUGCUGUGCAGUAUCUCCACAGUAACGGGAUCAUCCACAGAGACCUGAAGCCGGAGAACAUCCUGCUGUCCUCACAGGACGACGUGUGUCUCAUCAAGGUGACGGACUUUAACCAGUCUCGGAUCCUGGAGGAAGCGGUGCUGAUGAGGACUCUGUGUGGGACUCCAUCUUACCUGGCUCCGGAGGUGUUCACGCACGCGUCCACCACGGGUUACGGUCUCGCCGUGGACGCCUGGAGCCUCGGCGUGCUGCUCUUCGUCUGCCUGGGAGGUUACCCUCCGUUCCACGAGAGCUUUGGUCAUCAGUCGGUCACCGAUCAGAUCAUCAGAGGAGAGUUCACCAUGGUUCAGUCCAAGUGGAAGAGCGUCUCGGAUCAAGCCAAAGACGUGGUGAGGAAGCUGCUGGUCGUCGAUCCGAUGAAGAGGAUGAGCAUCGAGGAAGCUCUGCAGCACCCCUGGCUACAGGACCAGAAGAUGUUGGAGACGGCACACAGGCUCAUGUACCCGUCUGCAGAGGGAGGGGGGCUGCUGCUGCCAUGGAGGUGGAGUCGACCUCAGGAAGAAACCUGAGGAAACGAGGACGAGAAGGAGACGGCGAGGAGCAACAUCCCGCCAAACGAAGCCAAGCCCUGCCCUCUUCCUCUGUGUAGUCAAGUCUCUGCUGCUGAACCUGGUGUAAAUAAAGUUUUCUAAUAAA